GGGUGUUAAAAGCAGCAACAGGUGCAUCUUUAGCUCAGAGAGUUACACACACAACAGGAGGAGAUUAAACUGCACACUCUGACACUGAGGAUACACACAGCUCUUUGUGUCAGAGCCUAUUUUUCUUCGCCAUACUGUGGCUCAUGCUGUUAUCAGAGUCUCCAUGUCGUCACCGUGCCUCAGCAGUGUCCUGACCUGUGCCAACCUCGCCAUGUACCAGACAGGUGAUGUCCUGCUGCAGCAGACCAGUGUGCUGCCCAGUAGCAACACCAUGCAGACCAGUAACACAAGCCUGCAGACCAGAAACUCAGCAUACAGCUCCAGCAUGAGAGGUCAGUGGUAUGGACACCUCAGUCCUCACCACUGGUCCACAGAGAACGUUCUGGACUGGAUCAGCGACCAUGUAGAGAAUUUGAAGUUUGAUGCCCAGUCCCUGAGUCUGGCCUGCUGCACCAUGGAUGGCCCAGCCCUCUGCCAGAUGACCCGGGACCAAAUGGUUUCAGUGUUCGACUCGCAGCUUGGACUACAGCUGCACCAGAGUCUGCAGGAACACAAGACCAAAUAUGAGCUGCAGAGUAUCUCAGGACCAGAACUGAACGAGACCUGCGCGCUGCUGGACCACUUCCUGGACAAUCUCAACUUCCCUCUGCUCAGCACUAUCAGAAUCGGCCAGACAGCUGAGGGAGACAUCAGCAGGAGAGGGGGUGACUUCAGAGACAACUACGAUCUGAGCACUCUGACAUUGGAGACUGUGGCGCCGUGGGCGGACUCUGAGUAUCUGUCUGACAAUCAGUCUGACAGCGAGUUCAGCUCCUCCUCCAAUAGUGGCAUGUUUGGCUUCUCUAACCUCGACUCUCCAGAGUCCGGCAGUGGUGAAUCAGACCCGGAAUUCUCCUACCCCCCUAUUUCCAAGGCUAACAUCAAAACAGAGAAAGGAGAGUGUCGCGUGAAACGGCCUCGGGGCCGACCUCCUAAAGUGAGCAGAGAGCACAGCAGCAGCCUUUAUGAGAAUCCAAAGAAGAACAAACAUGCUCCUCGAGGCACUCACCUGUGGGAGUUCAUCAGAGACAUCCUCAUCCACCCCGAGAGGAAUCAGGGCCUGAUGAAGUGGGAGGACCGCAGAGAAGGGGUCUUCAAGUUCCUCAAGUCUGAGGCCGUGGCUCAGAUGUGGGGCCAGAAGAAGAAGAACAGCAGCAUGACGUACGAGAAGCUCAGCCGGGCCAUGAGGUAUUACUAUAAGAGGGACAUCCUGGAGCGGGUCGACGGCCGGAGGCUCGUCUAUAAAUUUGGGAAGAACUCAAGCGGCUGGAAGAUGGAGGAGAUCAGCAUGUGAGAUAUCGAGCAAGAAGAAGAAAUCCUCAUGUGAUCUGAAAACAGAAAACUUUGUUUAAGACACAAACUUCCUGUCAGACGGAAGGUGUUACAGAAAAUGUAAGCCAGUGUUUUUGGCUCUAGUAGGUUUUAUGAACCAAUAUUAACGUUGAAAUGUUUUUUUUAUUUUGAUUUGAAUCCCUAGAGAAACAGGGACAUUGUUUUGGAUGCUUGUGAGUUUCUGACCCACAGGAGGAUAAAAAACGUUUUAUUUGUACAGAAAUCUCUCCGCUGGUUGAAGUCUGAAUGAUUCCUCAUCAGCACCAUGUAGUCUGUUCUAGUUUACAGAUAUUAAUGACCUUGAAAUUAUCUUUUUGUACUUUGAUACAGCGUGGAAAUAUGUGUUUUUUUAGUCUUCUGGUAAACUGAAGGACAGAGAUGAAUGUCUGCAUCACGUUGAUUUAGUUACGAUGUGCACUACAUGUCUUCAAGUAUCACUUAUUAUAAAGUGUGUCUACAAUGACAAGAAACUUCUUCACCUUUGUUAUGAAUCAGAAAUCUGUAGCACGUUGUUUGUGCGAUUGUGAUUCACUUAGGACGAAAUCUUCAAUGUGUGUGGAAUAAAUCUUAAAAUACUUUAAA